ACAAUGUCAACACAUAAACUCCUAGAUACACAUAUACGUUCAACAAUUAUUCAUUAAAGUGCAAGAUUGCAUAUUUUAUGCUUCUCUAAAAAUGUGAUAAUAGACGUCUAAUGUUAAAUAAUACCAAUGGAACAGUUCUAAGUAAGAGGAGUUGAGCCAUGUAUUAUAUUUAACCUUCGAACGACGGUUCCAAAACAGUUAGGAGUAAACCAUUAUGGAUACACGUUUAAUGAUAUAGCAUUAAACCAAAUAACCAUUUUUUCAAUCUGUAAGAGCUCAAAUUGCCUUAUAUGCAGAGCUUUACAUCCUUUAAUUAAAAUUUUAAAAUUAAAUGAAAGCAUGUACCUUAUAUAGUUGCAACCCUUAUUAACCCAUAUAUUUAACACUUGCGAAAGCUCAAAGAAGAAUUCAAUUAAAUUUAUCGCUAUUUAUCGAUUAUUUGACAUCCCCAAUAGUUGGAAGAAAAAAUUGUUUGUGAUUGUUUCGGGAUAAUCUUUGGAAUUUUGCUAAGAAUAGACGAAGAAAUUCCAUAUUCAAAAUAGAAAUAACAGCAUUGUCUGGCUGAACCGUGCAAACACAUAAAAGGCAUGAGCGAUUGGUCAAAAUCACACAAAAACGCAAAUAACGCUAGAGUCGAGAAAAUGACGGAAGACGCAUCAAAGUUUUUGGGUGGUGUCCUCGGUGAUAUAAGCUCACGAUCGGCGUACACUCAAAUAGCUAUUGGUGCCACCUCAGGAUGGUUUACUGGUUUUGCAACAAUGAAAAUUGGCAAAUUUGCAGCUUUCGCUAUCGGAGGUGGUAUUAUUUUAAUGGAAAUUGCCCAUCAGGAAGGUUUUAUUGAAAUCGAUUGGUCAAAAAUCACAGGAAAACUUGAUAAAGUCACUGACAAAGUAGAAACGGCUGUAACUGGCCAAGAAAAAAAUUGGAUUGAAAAGACUGAACGUUUUGUUGAUCGUAAACUAGAUCGUGCAGAGAACAUAUUAAAGUCAAAAACAAAGAAAGCCAAAAAAUGGUAUAGCAAACUUAUUGGUGACGAAAAUGGACCCAAAGUAAACGAUCUUCACAUUUUCUUAACGGCCUUCGUAGGCGGAAUUGCAUUAGGCGUAGCUUCGGCUUAAUAUAAAUCGCAUGCUUAAUUUACGAUGUUACUCUUACCGAUAUCUAGCAUCUCAUUAAUUACACACAUACCUAUUCAUUUCAUUUAAUUUAACUGAGUUUGAUUUAUAAAGCGAAUAUGAUGUAAUUGAUAUCACAACAGUGCUUGAAUUAAAAGCGUUGAAUAUUUAAUUAAUAAAAAUCGAUGUAUGGAA